AUGGCGCAGCCCCCACCUUUGCUGGCGAGCUUGGCGCUGGGCCUGGCGCAUUUGGGGCUGCGGGCGCCGGAGCCGUUUCGGGUCAUCGCGCAGCUCGCGCGGCGCGGGGGGCUGUGGAGCUUCGCGGACGCGGAGGCGGCGGCCUUGCUCGAGGGCUUCUCCCGCGCCCGGCGCUGCGACGAGGUCCUCUUCCAGGAGGGAGGGCGCCUGAUCAUGGCGCGCAUGGACCGCAUGGAGCCCCGGUUGCUGACCACCAUGAUGACGGCCUUCGCCUGUGCGAACAUCGCGACCGAGACGCUUUUCUUCGCAGUGGGGGACACGGUGCUGCGUCGCGAGCGGGAGGGCGGCUUCACCUUGCGGCACCUGGCGGAGCUGGCGGACGCCUUCGCGCGGGUCCGCGCGCGGCACCCGCUGCUGCUGGACCUGGUGCCCUCGCGCUGCGAGAAGCCCGUCUCCUCCGUGGAGGCCCUGGUGCAGCUCUUCUCGGCGUACGUGGACGCGCGGCAGGGCUUUGGGCCCGCGGAGCUCCGGGAGCGGCUCUUGGCCCAGCUGCUGCGCCGCGAGCUCAGCGCGGCGCAGAUUCGGCGCCUGCUGCAGGCCGCCGCCCGCGCCCGGUGGCCCAGUCACAGCUUGUUGGAGCUGGCGGCUUCCGUGCGCGAUACCUCAGAGGUGGACGCCGUCUUCGACUGCUUCCUGCAGCUGCGGGUGACGCCACCCGACGACUUCCCCAUCAGCGAGGAGAAGCGGCGGCACCGCGAGGACCGGCUGCAGGCGCGCCAGGCGCGCCAGCAGCGGCGGAAGGAGAAGGAGAGCGACCAGAAGGGCGAGAAGGAGGAGCCCCUGCCGUCGCUUCGCUCAUGCCAAUUGCGGGUGGAACCGGACCUGGGCGCCGGCUUAGAGCUGGAAGUUUGCGGCGCAGGCUACGUGGUGGACGACUGCCAGCACGCACAAGACCUUAAGCCAGGGGACGUGAUCGUGGCCAUUGCUGGACGCCUCUUGGUGGGUUUGGAUGAGGACCAGGUGGAGGAGCACUUCGGAGCUGCUUUCUGCGAUGGCGCUCCCUUACUGGUGGGUUCCUUCGAUCAACUGCAGCACUUUUCCCUGGAAAGCAUUCGGACGGCUGCACUGGCGAUCCCGGUGCCGGAGCCCCAAGAACCCCCGUUGCCAAAGCCGGUGGCAGAGAUCCAAUCCGAGCUGGCCGCAACGCGGCCAACGCAACCGAUCGGGACAUCAGAACCGGAAAUAGACAGAGGCAACCCAACGGUGGCCACAAGUACAGAGCCCCCCGAGACAAAGCGCUCGUCAAAUUCGGUCCAAGCCGAACAGCGUCAUGAAGCGAAGUCCUACCAGCCCCGCUCUGGCAAAGGCAAUGGGAAAGGACAGCGCGUGUGGCGGCCAAAAGCUUCCUGA